AUGAAGAUCCCCAGCCAGCAGGUCCUGCUAGCUCUCCCGCUGCUCGCAUCGCCUGCUCAAAGCUACCCCGGAAAGCACCCAAGAUGCUCUGCCGGAGACGCAUGUUGGCCCAAGGAGCAUGUCUGGCAGGCCUUCAACUCAACCAUCUCGGGCCGUCUAAUACGCACAUUCCCGUCGGCUGCUGUUUGCCACACGGCACAGUAUGACGCUGCUGCUUGCUCCGUUGCAAAGGAAAGCUGGAUGGAUAGCUUCUGGCGGACGAACCAGACGGGUGCUUACUCUGCUAUUCUAUGGGAGCUCGGUGAAACAGGACAGUGUUUCAUAGAUACGCCCAAGGAGGCUAAAUGUGAUCAGGGCAUUGUGCCGUACUACUCUGUCUCUGCUAGUGGUGUGAAGGAUAUUGAGAAGGCAGUCAAGUUUGCGGAUAAGCAUGACCUUUUCCUCGUUGUCAAGAAUACAGGCCAUGACCACCUCGGUCGGUCAAGUGGCAAAGGUGCAUUUUCCAUCUGGACUCACAAUCUCAAGGGCAAGGAGUGGCAUAAAUCUUUCAGGCCAAAGGGGGCUCCGUCAAAUAUUGGCGGUGUUCCUGCUGUCACUCUUCAGGCCGGAGAGCAGUUACUUGAUGUCUAUAAGGCUGCGGCCGCGGAAGGGGUUACCUUUGCCGGUGGUUCUGCGCAAACAGUUGGAGCUGCAGGCGGCUUCAUGACUGGUGGAGGAGUCAGCCCCUUUUCUCAUUUCUAUGGUCUUGCUGUUGAUAAUGUCCUCGAGGUCAAUCUUGUUACUGCCCAGGGAAAAGCAGAGACUAUCAACCAGUACACCGAUCCUGACUAUUUCUUUGCCUUGCGUGGUGGCGGUGGUAGUGCUUGGGGCGUGAUUACCUCUGUGACAUACAAAACACACCCUAAACCAACUCACAUUAGGGUUGGAAUUGCACAGUUCAACGUCACCACCGAGGAUGCCCGGCGAGUAGUGAUUGAGAAGUCUCUCCAAGCUCUCCCCGACAUCACCGAAGCCGGAUGGGUAGGCUAUGGCGUAUAUGCUACUAAAAAGGCUGAUCCAACAGCCUUCCAAGUUAUCUUCCUUCAGCCCAAUGCAACCAUGGAAAACUUCAACAAGACGUUCGAGCCUCUAAACAAGAUUGCAACCCUACCUGGUGUUACAGGCGGCGCUGCAUCCUUUGUCUUCCCGGAUUUCUUGGAAUACUCCAAGUCUUUCCUUCGUGAUCCCAACAUUGCUACCAACGUCAUUGAUGCUUCGAGGCUGGUGAGCCGCCAAGUCCUCACAGAGCGUGCGAGUGACCUUGUCGAUCUCAUGUUUGAGUUCCCUACUACCGGCCCUGGAUUCAACUCGAUUGUCAAAGUGAACUCCGAUGAGCGUGAUAAAACUGCUGUGCACUCUUCAUUCAAGGACAGCAGGGCACUUAUCAGCUUCAGUGUUGACUGGCCAGAUAAUGCCUCUGAAAAACAGAAGAAGGCAGCCAAAAACACCUCUGUCGAAGUCUCUAAAAGGCUAGCUGAGAUAGUUGGAAAGGAGACCGGAACCUACCUCAACGAAGCAAGCCCAUACGAACCUGACUGGCAAAAUGCCUUCUGGGGAGACAAGUAUGCUCGCCUUCUUUCCAUCAAGCGGCGUAUUGACCCAAAGAACCUUUUUGUGUGCAACCGAUGUGUCGGAACAGAUAUCAUCAUCGAGCCUUAA